AUGUAUGUGAGUGUAUGUGGAGUUUGUGUCCGAGGCCACAGAGGGGGACCUGCCCCCGCGGCAAGUCAGACACAACAUCUCACUGUGGCUGGCUACAGAAGGAGACAUGUCCUGGUGGAGGAGGUGCCGGGACUCUACAUUCGGCGCCUUACACUCGAGGAUCCCCGUAUCGCUCGCGACCGUGUAGACCGCCCCGACUCAAGGUCACCAUCACCAAUACGUCAUAUCUGUCAUCCACGGAGUGCCGAGGCUCGCCCUGGGCGAGGAUCAUCUAGUACUUGCAGAUUUUGGCUCGAACGAGUGAAGAACGAAAAGCCCGCCUAUUUGACGAUAACAUCCCUAGAACUUCCGGAUUGUCCAAUUCCCCUGGUAGAAUCGCAAGCAAGUGCCCGCUGGAGAUGUGCAGAGUCACCGAGGAAUCCCGAGAAAGAUGAAAUUUUGGAUGAGUUGAUAGAGAGUGUCUCGAAGACGAGGAGGGCAAGGAAGAACGUCAAGAGUGCUGAUCAGAGUAUUUCUAAGGCGAUUCAGAGAAGCGGGAGACAGUUUAUCGAUUCUCCCGAAUGUCAAAGCACUCUUGGUAGCUUGGAAGCAUGUACAAAGAGUAUUUCCGGAGGUCCACCUCGGGCAAUAAUCGCUAAUUCAAGUGAAUCUAUCAAGGACUGCAUCUGCUCAGAAAUUACGGAGAAUCUCCGGAUCAACAUUCGUGAGGAGACCGAGGUCAAGCAGCCGUCUUCACGCAGUCCCAGUCCGGAAGUGACUCACACCAUAAGGAUUGCUAUGAAAUACCUUGGUCAAUCGCAGCGUCGACCAGAAGAGGCAAUCGGAAACGAUGGAACAAGUACACCAGAAGACACUCCGACUGACACGAAAAGUGAUGACUCCAAAGAGGGAAGUGAAUGUGGUGUUAAUGUGGCAUUGGACUUUACACUCAAUUGCUGCAGUGUUCAACUUACGUCUAGAGAUAUUACACUAAAACCUGCGUCUAACGAACGCAAGAAUUCGACUUGAUUAUUUUAAUCACUUUCCAACACAAAUUCUCAAUUAUUUAAUAAUUUUUUUAAUACUCUGAAUACAUUCUAA